GGCGUCGCGAUUGUAGGCGUCGCCGCCAACAAGCUCGACAAGUUUUGGCGGCUGCCGUCGGCAGCCGUCGCCUGGGCUGCUGCGCGGAGCUGCGUCGCCCAGGCCCAUGGGCCUCUGGCGCGUUCGCCCUUCAUCCUCGAGCUCAGCGCCGACAACGUGUUGGGCGUCUCGAAGGGGGCCCUGGCCGUGUUCGACCCGCUCGGAGCGGGCCCCGCCGCCGCAGCGCCUGGCGCCCCGGCCUUGGCUGGCGCGGCCGCGCCCCCCGCGGGCGCCCCUGGGCCGCCGGCCGCGUCUGCCGCUACGCCUGUGAGCGGGCUGGGCGCGCUGGCCGCGGCGCUCGGCGCGGGGGGGGCCGCCCUGCCUGCCGCCGCUGGCCCUCCGGGCGUCGGCGCCGCCGCCGCGGCCCCCGCGACCCCAGGCGCCGCAGGGUCUGAUCCCCGCGUGCUGGCCACCGACCUCGACGCGCGGGGGGCGCGGGACAUGCUUGUCAGGGGCGCUGUCAAGCGCCAGACCGAGACCCCCCGCGCCGACUGGCCCGUGAAGGGCCUGACGACCACGAUGCGGGUGCUCCACUUCAUGCUCCCCAUGGCGGACGGGGCGACGUCGUGGCUCAACCGCUGGGUGGCCAUGAAGCAGGCCUCAGAGACGGACGACACCGACAGGCUGUACGAGACGCUGCGCCGUGUCGUCGAGACCUUGCGCUGCCACGACCAGCUGAUCAUCUGCGGGCUGUCUUCCUACGAGUUCCUAUCGCGGCAGCUGCUGAUGGUGGAGGGGCGCUUCUUUGAGGAGCGGGCGCGCAGGACUCACCCUGGGCCCAAGCCCAAGGGCCAGGCCAAGGACGGCGCCGCGGCCGCGGCCGCCCACAUUUCCUCCGAGAUUGGCCACUUCCUCGGCACUGGAGAGACGUUGGGCAAUUUAUGCAUUCCCCCACCCUUAAUGGAUUGGUUUGCUGAGCAGAUGAAGAGUGAGGCUACCGUUGCGAAGGAGCGCCGCAAGGUGACCAUCGCCAGCGAGACGUUUUUCCGCUUCCUCUUCUUCCAGUGGAUGGGCGUCGCCAUCUUCCGCUUGGUCGCGGGGCUCGUCUGCGCGCCGCCAAAGGCAGCCGCUGUGGACUACAUCGCGGGGCUGCACCGCGACUUCGAGCUGCCCGCCGCCUACUCGGAGAGAGGCCGCGAUUGCGAAGCAUCCCUCGUAGAGAUGCUCGCACAGGCACCUGGCUACGCUGGUGGCAGCGGUCGAGUGCGCCCCUACAGCAUGCCGCUUGUGGCCUGGCCCGAGUCGACGAAGGCAGUCUCCACCUGCGGCGUCGUCUCCGAGGCCGACUCCAUCGUGCUGCAGGAUUGGAGGCAGAGUAUGCUGAAUCCCGAGUCGGUGGCGGCGGAGCUGCGCGAUUCGCUGGGGGUUAUCCGCCCUUAUGUCGAUCCUGAGCUGCGCUUUAAGCCGAAGACCUACGCUGAGUUUUUGAAGCAGCUGGAGGCCCACGGCAUGAUCUCCUGGCGGGUCUCCACCGAACAGGCAUCCUUCUCUACUGGUCUCUUCUUCGCGCAGAAAUCAAACGGCAAGCUGAGGCUGGCGUUCGACACCAGGCUGGCCAAUUGCAGUUUCUCCUGCCCACCAGCCACUCGUCUCCCCACGCCCAGCGCGCGGGCCAGCCUUGACUGUGACGACAGUUUUCAUUUCGCGCAGGGCGACAUUCAGUGUGCUUUUUAUCAUUUACGUUUGCCAGCUGGCAUGGAGUCGCUGUUCUCUCUGCCUCCGAUAAACAACAGAUUCGUCGGCCUCAAGUCGGUCAACGGGGUUCGUCUUGGCAUCAACGACUGCGUCCAGCCUCUUGUCACGGUCGUUCCCAUGGGAUGGAGUUGGGCCCUUCACUUGUGCCAGAUUGCGCUGACGAGAGCCCUGUCGGAUGUCGGGUUCGGUCGCGACGAUAUGAUUCUGGAUGGGGGCUGCCCGCGACCCUUGGUCGCUGAGAAGGACGCGGUGUGUGCAGGAUUCGUUGGCAACUUCUGCGUCGUAUCCAAGUGUGCCGAGACAGCCACGUCCCUGGCGCGUGCCGUUGCUGACCUUCUCACGGCCCGCGGGCUGCCUGUCUUGGAAUUCCCCCCUGCGGUCAGUAAGGGGGUAUUCACGGGCUUGGAGAUCGACGGAGCCUCUGGGAUCAUUCGUGUUCGUCCUGACCGCCUCGCUCGCAGUCGUCAAGCCGUUCUCGGGCUCUUGAAGCGUGGGCGGGCCCCUGCUGGGGCCCUCAGCGUGCUCGUAGGCCACUGUACUUGGGGGAUGAUCCUGAGGCGCGACGUUCUGAGCAUCUUUAACGCGGUCUAUCGGUUCAUGGGGGCUGUGGGACCUCAUCCUGGACCCCUGUGGCCCUCGGUCGUCAGGGAGUUGUCGGCUGCCGUGGCCCUCAUCCCGCUCUGGAGUGCCUCUACGAGGUCUCGCUGGCAUUCGCGGGCCUAUGCUUCUGAUGCGUCGCCGUACGGGAAGGGCGUCUGUGUCAAGGAGGUCUCCCCCGCGCUGUCGUCCGAGGUCGGCCGAGUCGCCGAACGCUGGAGAUAUCGUCAUGGGGAUGCCGUGCUUGCCAGAUCACGUGCCCUUGACGUCGACGGUCGUGACGAUGCUGCCGACGGUUGCCGUGCCGACACAUCGUAUACUGCCUCUACUGCUUCGUCGUCUGGGCCCAGUGGGUUCCUCGAGGUCCCUGAGUCCAUCUACGGGGCCGAGGGUUGGAAGACCAUGCACUCUAGCCGUCACACCCGCCGUGGCUGCGAUAUCCUUCAGUACGAGGCGGAGGCCCCGGGGUUCAGCGUCCAUCAUGCCUCGAGGGCCCUGGGUGCUCAUCAUCAUCGCGUCGUCUGCAUCGUGGACAAGUUGGCUCUAGCUCUGUCGCUUGGCAAGGGGCGGUCUGGGAGCCGACAUCUUCUCCGCGCCCUGCGGCGGAUCGCUGGCGUGGCCCUCGCCUGCGGCCUGCGCCUGCUCGCGCGGUGGGUGCCGUCAGAGAGGAAUGUCGCGGACAAGCCGUCGAGGGAAGGUUUCUUCGUCGGCCCUAGCUUCGAGGUGAUCAAGGCGGCGAGGGCCAGGCGGGAACAUCCUGGUCCGCUGGCGCUUCUGCGGGGCGGACUGUCGGUGCUGGAGGCCAACGCGGUCUCGGAGUCGACGGGCAAGAACUACCACGCCUCCGCCCUCCGGUUUCUGAACUGGUGCCUCUGGACCGCCAGGGACUUCAAGAACAGCGUCGAGCUCGACACGAUCCUCGUGGUGUUCUUCGUCCACCUCUUCCUCGACGGGUACGACAGUGCGACGGGCCGCGUCACGAUGGCCUCUCUGAAGCACCAUCUGCCGUCGACGCUGAUGGGCAGCCGCCCGCUGCCACGGGCCUUUCGGGCCCUUCAGGGUUGGACGAAGCUCGUGCCGCCGCAGAUGAGGCUGCCGCUGCCGAGGGUCGCGAUGUUCGCCAUCGUGGGCGUGCUGCUGUCUCAGGGGCUUUUGUCGCAGGCGGUCUUCGUGGGGAUCGCGUUCGACACGUACCUCCGCCCCAGCGAGGCCUACCGUCUCACGGCGGCCUCCCUGAUCGCGCCGAGGUCGGGCGCCACGGAGGGCUACCAGCACUGGGCUCUGUUGGUGAACGACGCGGCGAGCGGGAGGCCUGGCAAGACGGGGGUCACCGACGAGAGCGUCAUCGUCGACGAUCCUCUCCUCUGGCUUCUCCUCGAGGCGCUUCGGCAAGGACGCCGCGCGGAGGAGAGCCUCUGGGCCUUCACGCCGCACCAGCUGCGGCGCGCUUUCGCGGAGGCCCUGGUCCAGCUCGGGAUCUCCGACCAGCAGACCUCCCUCUACUCGCUGGGCCACGGGGGGGCCUCCGACGACCUCCUCUCGGGUCGCCGCACGAGGAAGGAGGUCAAGGACCGCGGCAGGUGGAGGACGGACCAGUCUCUGAACAGGUACGCCAAGCGGGCGCGCAUGCAGCAGCGGCUGGGUCAGCUCGACCCUGCGCUGGUCGACUUCGGGCAGAAGGUCGAGAGCGAUCUGCUGGGCCUGAUGGGC